GGUGUUUGAGUUUUAUCUAACGCACAGAAUCAUCUCUCGUAAGGCUAGGCCUCUGGAGUAACCUAAGGUUCGUGAAAUCCGAAUCAAGUUGUCAAGUAGUGCACUAUUAAAGCUGUUCGGGCGGCUACUUACACUAGCCGUGCCUACUGUCACUACCUAGGUAGUCGAGUCGUCCCUGCCAAUCUACUGACUGUGUGUGAUAAUUGAAUAUAAUAUUAGCUGAAUAACCAUGGAUUUUGAAAGUCUUCGGGAAUCUUUAGCAGAACACAACCAAGAACAUUUAUUAGAUUUUGUCAAUGAUCUUAAUGAGGAUGAAAAACUAGCAUUAUAUAAUGAUAUUACAAAUACAAAUAUCAAGGAAGUGGUUAAAUUCUUCAAGACAGCCACCGAGUCCAUGGACUCGCAAACAAAAGUGGAUGACAAAAUGGAACCAAUUCCAUCUGACAUGUUUGGCUCGGUAACAAGAUCUGGUAAAAAGCUGAAACAGUGGGAGAUAAGUGGUUUGGAGGCAGUAGGGAAAUCCAAGGUAUGUGUAUUAUUGUUAGCAGGCGGACAAGGUACACGCCUUGGAGUAAGCUACCCAAAAGGCAUGUAUAAUGUCGGCUUACCCUCUGGCAAGCCACUCUAUCAGCUACAAGCGGAGAGGAUCCUGCGAUUGCAGCAAUACGCAAAGGAAGAAACUGGCCAGUCUGGCACAAUACCAUGGUACAUCAUGACAAGUGAACAUACACAGGAGCCAACCGAAGAGUUCUUUGCAUCUCGCAACUUCUUUGGCCUACAAAAGGAAGACAUUGUGUUCUUUGAACAGAACAUGUUGCCGUGUAUGUCUUUUGAAGGCAAGAUUAUUAUGAGUAGUAAGAGCAAAAUAGCCAGAGCACCAGACGGUAAUGGGGGAUUGUACCGGGCUCUCGAUGAAAAGAUCUUAAGUGAUAUGGAACGACGUGGAGUUCAAUAUAUUCACGUGUACUGUGUAGAUAAUAUCCUGGUCAAAAUGGCUGACCCAGCAUUCAUUGGAUUUUGUAUAAGCAAAGGCGCAAACUGUGGGGCUAAGGUUUGUAAUUUAGAUUAGAAGCAAAUUUGACAA